AUGCUGGGAGAGAAAGACCUUCCUUGCCAGACACAACCCCUCACUGUGUCACACUACUUACUGUCAUACCAUAUUUUCCCAUUUUCAGACAAUGGUGUUUGGAAUAAGAAUCCAUCUUUUUGUUAUAUUUCUAGAAUAUUGAGGAAUUAUACAUUACGGGCCUGUGAUGGAGAAUAUGUUUCGCUUCGAUGUCCUCACAAAACCACCAUCAGCAUCCAGUCUACUUUCUAUGGACGGAACUUGCCUAGUCAUCAGAUGUGCCCGACACGCCACAAGCAACCAUAUCCUACAUUCGUAAAAGAAGAUGUCUCCUGUUCUACCAAUACUGCACUCCAGAAGGUGCUGGAUGAGUGCCAGGACCGGAGGAACUGCCAGCUGCUCGUCAAUAGUCGCUUGUUUGGGAUGGAUCCAUGUCCGGGGACCAGCAAGUAUUUGGUUGUGUGGUACAAAUGCAGGCCAAAUGAAUACAAGAGUAAAGUCGCCUGUGAAGACGACCGCUUGAGGCUGACCUGUAAAAGAAACACAGUCAUUGCCAUCUACUCCGCUACAUUUGGAAGACUUCAGGGUGGUCUUGAGUGUCCGUUUCAGAGCCAGAACAUGCCUUCAAUUGAGUGCCAGUCACCCUCCGCCCUGUCACUCAUGACCAAGCGCUGCCAGGGCAGGAGGAGCUGUAACGUCUACGCCAGCACGUACGAGUUUGGAGACCCCUGUUAUCCCGGAAUCCGCAAACACCUCAAUGUCAUCUACACCUGUGUACCAAAGAAACUGCUACUUGAAUCACAGCCAAAAUCAACAAAUUACCAAGGAGCACAGCAAACACACUUCACCCGACUGCCGGGAGCGUAUGAGCACGAUGUGAUUGGGGAUGGGGUCCUUUUCCCUGAUCCUGUAUUCAUAACCGAAGACGUUCUGCCAGACACGAAGAAAGGACAGGCAGCCGCCUUUUACCCAAUCGAUAAUAACCUCUCUAUGGGAGCAAUAGACCCCCCUGUCUCCAAUCAAACCAUGGCACCCAUUGGGCAAACUAGCUCGGAGAUGGCACUGAUCAGUAAUGUCUUGGCAGCGUACUCUUUUAUCACAGAAAAUCCGGAGAGAGCUGCAUUGUAUUUCGUAUCUGGAGUGUGCAUUGGCCUGAUUCUGACACUAGUGGCUUUAGUAAUGAGGAUAUCCUGUCAGACAGACUGCAAGAGGUCCACAGUGAAGAAGAACCCCAGGAAACAGGAGAGUGACAGUGAUACCAGCGACAGUGAUGAUGACUCGGACACCACCUCUGACCUUUCUGCCAGGAGGCACAGACGCUUUGAGAGGACUUUAAAUAUGAACGUUUUUACGUCUGCAGAGGAACUUGAGAGAGCACAAAGGCUUGAAGAAAGAGAGCGCAUCAUUCGAGAGAUUUGGAUGAAUGGACAGCCAGACAUCCCAGGAACAAGGAGCCUUAACCGUUAUUAUUAGGAAUUCUUCUGUUCUCAGAACAAAAUGAAAUUAACAAUGGGAAACUUGUAUUUUUUGAGAGACAGGAACAGGAAAUGCAGAGAAAGCUAUUAUUUAUGAGUGCAAGCUGAGCAGUUCCUUAGUGUUCAGAAAAACAAAAACUUGACAAUUAUUCCUGUUGUCCGAAAGGAUUAACAGUAGGCCACUACCGGUAUUCCUGUUGCCCGAGAGGAUUGACAGAAGACCACUGGCUAUGUCAUAGUCUUCAUUGAGACACUAGUGAUGUUGUCUGAGGCUGGUCCUUGAUGACUCUCCAUGUUCUCUGUUCGGGGUUACAUUACCAGCAAGGACUAUGGAACAAUACAAUGCAAGACUUUCUUACAACUAUUUUGGGCAUUUUUCAUUUUGAGAGAAAAACCAGACAGACAAUUUACGUUUCUUGCAGACAUAAAAUCCUCUUGGUGAUUGGUCUGUCAUAUUUAAUAGGUGUAUGAUACCUUCCUGUUUUUUUGCAGCAUUUAAAACUGACACCUCAGGGAUAUAGUAGUCUUUUAAUUUCAUAAGCUUUCCAAGGUCAAUGUAUGGUAUUCCUAGCAGAGCUGGAUUUAAAAUUUAGGAGCUUUAAAGCAACUUCAGACAUGGUUGAAGUUGAUGCAGGCAGUCAAAAGCUCAAACUAAAACUGCUCAUUCAUGUUUGAUCAAAGUUGAUCGAGCUUGCUGAUUUUAAUGGCAUUGGCCAACAUAAAUGGGGACUUCUCAACAGCAGAUGUCAUGGGGGAAAAUUAGACUAGACUAGUUGGAUUUCAAUGUACCCAAUCUGUUGUUUCCCCAGAAUACUCACUGCCAAAUGUGUCUGUCAGUAUCUUAUUCUACUUUACCAAUUGAAAUAAAGGCAUUUAUGGUCAAGUUGGAAGAGAGAACUGUUGGCUAAAAGACCAUUUUGCCAACAGCUACUUAACGUCUAUUUCCCGCUUAAAGGAUUAGGAUCCAUAGAGAUCAGGUGAGAAUCUAAACUCUUGAGAUCCCCAUCAGUCCUAAGAAUGCUGGACCCUUCACUGUUUUUUUUCCCUUCAGGGCAGCGCACCCAGGCACCUGCUAUGUAGGGGUCUGCAGCAAAGCCACAUUCAUAUGUUGUUGCAUUCAUACAAGUGGAUCCUGGAAUUAAUUAGUCAGAAUGGGUCUAACCCAACCUCAGCUUGACAAGCUUAGAGCAUGUUCAUCUAGAUCUCCAGUGAAUGCUGGACCAUUCACUGUUUAUUGUAUCUACAGAGAAGCCAUCCUAGGCAUCUGCUAUGUAGGGGCCUACAGGAAAAUUACAUUCAGAUACUCUUGACAGUACAAUACCACCAAGGGAUGCGUCCAGGUGGAUGUGGGUCCUGGGGUGAAUUAGUUAGAUGGUUCUAACCCAACCCCAGCUUGGCAAGCUUAGAGCAUGUUACCUAGAUCUGUAUGGACAAUCCAUAGAGAUCAGGUGAGAAUCCACUCUCUGGAACCCCCAUCAAACCUAAAAAUGCUAUACUCAACAAAGUUUUUUCCUGCAGAACAGUGAUCAUGGACAUCUGCUUUGUAGGGAUCUGCAGGUCAACCACAUUUAGAUACUCUUGACACUACAGUAAUACCCAGAGAUGGCUCCGGGUGCAUGUGGGUCCUAGGGUGAAUUAGUCAGAUUGGUCUAACCCCACCCUAAACCUAAAGCAUGUUCACCUAGAUUUCUAUGGAUAAUCUAUAGAGAUCUAGGUGAGAAUCCAACCUCUGGAACCCCCAUCAAUCCUAAGAAUGCUGGACCCUUACUGUUUUU